GACCCCCCCACCCUCCCCCGGGCUUGUGUGGAGCAGCUGGAGGGUCCCCAUAGGGCGUGAAACGGGAUAAAUAAGCAGGUCUCUCCCCCCGCCCCAGGGCUGCUGGUGUGUGGCACAGGGUCAGGAGCCCUCAGUGGGAUGCUCUUGAGAGGUGAUGCAGAGUGGGGAUUUGGACAGAUUUCCCCCCCACACUUCGGUGUGAUGGGUAUUUGGGUGGGGGAGGAGGUUCCUGUCCCCGCAGUGUCCCACCUAUCUCACCCUCUGUGCCUCCAGGGCAAGGUCACUGCCCACAGCCUGUGGUGGGGAGCGUGGUAGCUCCACGCCAUCCUUGUCGGGGAGGGGAAGGGCACACCAGCCUGCUGUGACCCCACUGCUCCCCCCCCAACCAUCUCUGGGACAUCACAGACAAGCACCGGGGCAGCACAGGGGCCUGUUAGCUGUAAGCAGCUCAGUGUUUGCCAGUCCAACCUCCAUGUUCCUGGUUGCUGGUACAGGACAUCCCACCCCCAACACAACCCUUGUCCCCAUAGUCUUGCUUACACACACACCUCCCUCACUUGCAUUUCCCUGCUAACCUCCCUGCAACACCCUUGAGGGACACAAGACUCCCUCUGGGACCUGCUGUGGCCAAGGGUCAGGGAUUUCCUCCUCUGCACGGGGGAGAGGAGCACAGAAAAGGAGUGGCAGGACAGCUUGGCAUCCUUGGGCAGCUUUUUGCAGCUGGUUCUGAAGCCCGCCCAGCCAUGGCAGCCUCGCUGAGCCGCCCCUGCUUCAUCUCCCUCCACGUGCCCUACAGGCAGGGCUGGGUCCAGGACCUGGCCAACACCUUUCGCUUCCAGCCGGUGGCCGUGCGGGAGACGCCGCGUGUCCGGCAGCUGGCCCUGCGUCGGGGAUCCGCCGUCUUCCUCGUCAACGAGCGCCUGUCGCCAGGACCCACUGGUGCCUCCUCCCACGAUUUCCUCUAUGAUGUGGACCCCCGGCCCGCCUUGGGCACAGCCUCCAACGUCUGCUUUGAGGUGGACGAUGUGCCAGGGCUCUGCAAGCAGCUGCAGAGCUGGGGAUGCUCCCUGCCGGUGCCCCCCACUGAGGUGAGGGAUGAGGGUGGCUCUGUCACCUACGGGGUGGCAAGCUCCGUUGUGGGCAACAUCAGCCAUACCCUUCUGGACCGAUCCCGCUACCGAGGACCCUUCCUGCCCGGCUUCCAGCCCAUCCAAGGAGCCCCCUCAGCCAUGAGGGACGGGAUUGAAAUUACCCACUUUGACCACAUCACGUAUGUCUGCCCGCGGGGGGGUGCCCGGGCAGCUCUGGACUGGUACCAGCGCUGCUUCGGCUUCCACCGCUUCCUGCUGAACCCUCGGGAGAGGCCGGGUGAGGGAUACGUGCUGGGGGAACAGGGGGUGGGCAUGCUGCUCCUGGCACUGCAGAGCGCCCAGGGCAGCCCAGCACACAGCUGCAAGCUUGUCCUCGCCGAGUCCCUCUCGGAGGAUGGUGCCAACCAAGUUGACACCUUCCUAGAGCAGCACGGUGGAGCUGGGAUCCAGCACGUCGGCCUCCACACCACCGAUAUCGUUGCCACGACCAGGGCUUUGCAGCAGCAGGGUGCACGGUUCUUCACACCCCCCACCACCUAUUACAGCCAGGAAGGCAAAGCGGAGGAGAUCCAGGGGGUUGGGCAGGACCCCCGCAUGCUGGCAGAGCUGGGCAUCCUGCUGGACACCACGGUGCCUGGGGACAAGGGCCGGCCAGGCGCUGAUGCCACAGAGAGCCCUUCCCAGGAGUAUUUGAUGCAGAUCUUCACCCAUCCCAUCUUCUCUGAGGAGACAUUCUUCCUGGAGCUCAUUGACCGGCGGGGAGCACCAGGCUUUGGGGAAGGCAAUAUACGGGCACUGUGGAAAGCUGUGCAGGUCUAUAUGGACCGGCAGCAGUAGUGACAACACUGCAGUCCUCCUCCCUCAGCUCCUCGUCUCUCUGGUCCAACCCUGGGGUAACACACUGCUGUGGAGAUGCCUGCAGCACGGCUCAGGUGGGCAGGGACCAGAAAAGGGCUCCAGGUCAAUCCAGAGCCCACUCAGCGUGACAGCAGGUUGACUGGAGCCGGGUCCAGUAGGGCUCCAAGCAUCCCUCAGGAUGGAGGGUGGUUUCUCUCUCUCCCUGGGUUCCCAGUGAUUUAUUGACCUCACACAAAGAACUUUCUGCCUUAAUUUAAUCUUAAUAUAAUGAGAUUUUUACCUGCAGCAUGGCCAAUGACACUGCUGGCACAACACCAGCCCCAGAAGUAGGGGGAUGAGGGGCUACCAGAGGGGAGUGGACAAGCCAGGGGGCAUAGACAUGGCAGCUCAUCAACGGUUACCACUCAGAGCAUGGCCAGCCCCUGUGCAGGGCAAGUGAUGGCCUCUUGCUCCUUUUAAUUAAA